AUGCACAUUCUGCAGAGACUGACCCCAGAGGAGCGGGACCCUAUCAUGCAGACGCACACAGAUGCUAUGGCUGCAGGACUCGGCGGAUGGAAGAAGAGCUUGUCUGUCAGGGUAUGGGAUACAAUAAUGAUAGUCACUUUACUGUACAAGUCCGAAGUCACUGUCAAGUGGGCUUAUGAAACUGAACACUUCGAUUAG